AUGAACCCAGAAGAAACUAAUGAUAGCCUCUAUCCAAUUGCUGUUUUAUUGGAUGAACUGAGAGCCGAUGAUGUAAACUUUCGAUUAAAUGCCAUCAGACGACUUUCUACUAUCGCCUUAGCUUUGGGAGUCCAGAGAACUCGAGAUGAACUAAUACCGUUUCUUGAUGACUCAGCGAGAAACUCGAGUCGAUACAAGCUAGAACAAAUAAGGUUUCUUAAUUUUACGGAUUUCGAAUCGAUCGAUGAUGAGGAUGAAGUAUUACUCGCAUUAGCCGAAGAACUUGGCAAUUUUGUUGAAUAUGUCGGAGGAAAGGAAUAUGCGCACAUUAUACUUGGUCCUUUGGAAAAUUUAGCGACUGUCGAGGAAACCCUUGUCCGGGAAAAGGCUGUUGAAUCUCUUAAUAAAGUUGCAACAAUACUUUCUCAACAACAAAUUGAAGAAUGUUAUAUACCGCUUAUUAAACGUUUAGGUAGCGGUGAAUGGUUUACAAAUCGUACUAGUGCAUGUGGCUUGUAUGCAGCAGGAUACCAAAUGGCGACACCUGCUUCACAGGAUGAACUUCGAUCAAUGUUUAAACAAUUAUCUCUAGAUGAAACACCAAUGGUUCGGAGAGCAGCCGGAGCUAACUUGGGAAAAUUUGCAAAAAAAAUUCCAAAGGAACAAGUCAUUUCGGAUAUAAUUCCAUUAUUCAGCAAACUUGCACAAGAUGAACAGGAUUCUGUUCGCUUGUUAACUGUAGAAGAUCUUGUUGCAAUUGCAGAAAUUCUAACAAAAGAGGAGAGUAAAAUUUACCUUUUACAAACUUUGAGGAGUAUGGUAUCAGAUAAAAGUUGGAGGGUUAGAUAUAUGAUUGCAGAAAAUUUUGUUAAGAUCGCAAAAGCUGUAGGAGAUGAAGUGACAAGGGAAGAUUUGGUGUUGGCCUUUGUUAAUUUGCUCAAAGAUAAUGAAGCUGAAGUAAGGACAGCAGCUUCCGGUCAAGUUCCAGGUAAAACAAUCUUGUCACACAUAUUACCAUGUGUUAAGGAUUUGGUAACCGAUACUUCACAGUACGUUCGUGCAAGUUUGGCUACUCAAAUCAGUGGGCUGGCACCAAUUUUGGGAAAAGAGGCUACGACGGAACAUUUACUACCUCUCUUUUUACAACUUCUAAAAGACGAAUUUCCUGAUGUAAGACUCAAUAUUAUAUCCAAGUUAGAACAAGUGAAUGAGGUUAUUGGAAUUGAGCUUUUGUCACAAAAUUUGCUUCCCGCAAUAGUUGAAUUGGCAGAAGAUAAACAAUGGCGUGUACGACUUGCAAUCAUUGAUUAUAUUCCCUUACUUGCUAGUCAAUUGGGAGUUGCCUUUUUUGAUGAAAAACUUGGAAAUCUUUGCAUGUCUUGGUUAGGAGAUAAUGUAUAUUCUAUUCGUGAAGCAGCUACAGUUAAUUUGAAGAAAUUAACUGAAGUCUUCGGUGUUGAAUGGGCAAAGUCUACUAUUAUACCAAAAGUACUGGCAAUGGGAUCUCAUCCAAAUUAUUUAUUUAGAAUGACUACAAUCUUUGCUAUCACGACAAUGGCACCAGCUGUUACACCAGAAGUUAUUAGAGAUCACAUCCUUCCCAUAGUGAAUACCCUUGUUUCUGACCCUAUUCCAAACAUUCGAUUUAAUGUCGCUAAAUCUUACGAAGUAUUAAUACCUGUUCUUAAACAGAAUCCAGAAACAGGUGUACUAUUGGAAACUCAAGUAAAACCCGCAUUGGAUAAAUUAAGAGAAGAUUCGGAUGCAGAUGUUAAAUAUUUUGCUGAAAAAGCAUUACUUUCUGGUAAGAAAGAAUGA